CUUCUCUCUUUUAUAAAAUUAUUCUCUCAUUUUCUGUUUAGAAUAAUGUUUUCGUAUUCUAGUAAUCCUUUUGUUUACACUUUUAUAUUUCUCCUAUCAGUCGGCAACAGGAUUGCAUUCUCUUCGAGUUCGUCACCGCAGGCUCAGGAUCCGAAGCUAGUAGUUGACGAAGUCAAUAGAAGUGUAUUCAAUGCGUCAAGGAGGAGCCUGGCCUACUUAUCUUGUAGAACCGGAAAUCCAAUCGAUGACUGUUGGCGUUGCGAUCCAAACUGGGACACAAACCGCCAACGACUAGCCGAUUGUGCUAUUGGGUUUGGCAAAAACGCCAUCGGCGGCCGUGACGGCCGAAUUUACGUGGUUACAGAUCCUGGCAACGACGAUCCAGUUAACCCUAUACCUGGAACCCUAAGACAUGCGGUCACACAAGAAGAGCCAUUAUGGAUCAUUUUCAAGAGAGAUAUGGUCAUUAAACUCCAAAAAGAACUCAUCAUCACAUCUUUCAAGACCAUUGAUGGUAGAGGCGCAAGCGUUCACAUUACCGAUGGCCCUUGCUUAAAAAUUCACGAAAAAACUAAUAUAAUCAUCCAUGGCAUUAACAUCCAUGACUGCAAACCAGGACCUGGUGGCAUGAUUAGAGAUGGUCCAGAUCAUACUGGAAUGUGGAUCCCAUCAGAUGGAGAUGCGGUAGCGAUAUUCGGAGGGAAAAACGUGUGGAUUGACCAUUGUUCAUUGUCUAACUGCGACGAUGGUCUCAUUGACGCCAUACAUGGUUCGACGGCUAUAACCAUAUCGAACAACCAUAUGACACACCAUGACAAGGUCAUGCUUUUAGGGCAUAGCGAUAGUUAUACAGAGGACAAGAACAUGCAAGUCACCAUUGCGUUUAACCAUUUCGGAGAAGGGCUCGUUCAAAGGAUGCCACGGUGCAGACAUGGAUAUUUCCAUGUGGUGAACAAUGAUUAUACUCACUGGGAAAUGUAUGCCAUCGGUGGAAGUGCUUCUCCGACGAUAUACAGCCAAGGCAAUAGAUUUCUCGCUCCUGAUACCCGGUUUAACAAAGAGGUUACAAAACAUGAAGAUGCACCCGAAAGCCAAUGGAGAGAUUGGAACUGGAGAUCUGAAGGGGAUAUGUUGUUGAACGGAGCAUAUUUCAGACAAUCCGGUGCAGGAGCUCCAUCGACUUAUGCAAGAGCUUCUAGCCUAAGUGCUAGGCCAUCAUCGCUUGUGGGUUCCAUCACGACUACGGCAGGAGCACUAAGUUGUCGACGAGGUGGCCACUGUUGAUAAAUUCAGCAAACCGAUGAUAACGAAAUGGUUAAGAGGGAUAAAUAUAUUAAAGGAUCAUUGUUUAUGCAAUGGUUCGUAUGUUCUAAUGUAUUGUAAGAGACCUUUUUAUAUAGUUUUUCAACGUAAUGUUACAA